GGUGCAUUCUUUUUUUUUUUUUUUUGUGGUACGCGGGCCUCUCACUGUUGUGGCCUCUCCCGUUGCGGAGCACAGGCUCCGGACGCGCAGGCUCAGCGGCCAUGGCUCACGGACCUAGCCGCUCCGUGGCAUGUGGGAUCCUCCCAGACCGGGGCACGAACCCAUGUCCCCUGCAUCGGCAGGCGGACUCUCAACCACUGCGCCACCAGGGAAGCCCGGCAGGUGCAUUCUUAACCACUGUGCCACCAGGGAAGUUCCUGUGUGUGUAAUUAUUAAUGACAGUUGUUCACAGUCUUAUGAAAACAGCUCUGAGGAUAACUUCAACAGUUACCACAGGAGAAAUGUGCACCCUAUCCUUUCUAAUAAUUCUAGUGACUAAAAGAAAGCAAUUUAAAAACCAACCCUUUUCAAAAGGAAAACAUAUAAAAAAUUUAAAAGUUAGAUAUCACAAUCUAAGUCAAGAUAAUAUUUCUAUCUGUAUGCAAGUGUUUGAAAAUUAAUUAUAGAAAUGAAGCAAAGUUGGAUUUUUUCCCCCACAGAGACAACUUACGUCGAUUUCUACCAAAUCAAAGCAAGUUGAAUGCAAGAAUACCCCAAGUUGAGCAUUUGAAGAUGAAAUUAAAAAUUAAAUUGCAAAACCAAGUCACAUUUUCUGACUUGGAUAAUAAUUCAGGGUUAGAUGUAUUUGAAUUCUAAUGUUGUUGAUUAUUUAUCGCAGGGUUCAGAGUCCUUCAAAAAAUGACUCAGGGAAAAAUCUUUUACACAGGAAGGUGAAAUUUUCAUCCCUUUCUUCUCUAUAAUGGACUUAGAUUAUCCAUGUUUAAAUUCCCAAAGUGCAGAUGGAACAGAUUGGUUUUUUUCUCUUCUUAUCUCAUAAUGAAUAUAAUAAAACUUACCUGAAAGAAUUGUGAGGAGGACAUAUAAUAAAUGCUUGAAAAAUAGUAGCUUGGAGGACUUCCCUGGUGGUGCAGUAGUUAAGAACCCACCUGCCAAUGCAGGGGACACGGGCUUGAUCCCUGGUUUAAGAAGAACCCACAUGCCACGGAGCAACUAAGCCCGUGGGCCACAACUACUGAACCCGUGUGCCACAACUACUGAAGCCCGCACGUCUAGAGCCCAUGCUCUGCAACAAGAGAAGCCACCACAAUGAGAGGCCCAAGCACCACAACGAAGAGUAGCCCCUGCUCGCCACAACUAGAGAAAGCCCACACACAGCAAUGAAGACCCAACGCAGCCAAAAAUGAAAAGAAAAAUAGUAGCUUGGACUCCCCAAGACCCAGGCACCUCCUUCAGAAUCCUUGAUCUCAGUAAUAGACUUUGCCAGGGUCCCACUCCUCCACCAGAAUGCUGGGAGGGGAUUUACUCUCCCAUGAUAUAGUCCAAAUAGGUAUAAAGAGUCAAACUCAAAAUCAAAAGGAGAUCUCCUCAGGGGCCAUAAACUAAGAACUAAGAAGGAACUUAAAAUCAAAGUGAUGAGCCAGAGCUUAAGCCAGGAGAGCUCAGAGAAAUGCAGAACGAGGUUUAAUUCUCCAUGGCUGGAGACUGACUCUCAUGCUCACGUAGGGAAAGGUGUCUGGGUUGCAAGCACAGAGCAUGAAGGGAGCUGGAAAUGAACUGUCUACAUAAAGCUGGAGAUCUGAAGACAUUGCUUCAUCUCUGAGACGAAGAUAAGCAGAACCAUAUGCAAACUUGGAAAGCAGUGAGGAUGUUUUCAACUGCAUAGGCACAUAGUUAAAAAGAAGUCAACAUAAACUGAGAGAGGUUGGCUUCCACUGUGCCCAUGUGGGUGUUCCAAAUACAUGUUGCUUAUUCUCCAAAGUGAGUUAUAGUGUGGCCCAUACCGCAUGAUAGCAUGUACACAAAUUUAGAAAUGAUACAAAGCAUUAUUUUAUAUAGUUUGUGAACAUACCUAUAGAUAGUAAAAAUAGAAAAAUGUGGAGAAACCUCACUAAAUUUAUGUGAGACAUAUUAUUGUUCGUGUGUGUGUGUGUGUGUGUGUGUAAAAGAGAAAGGAUCAGGGAAAGCAAUAGAGUGAAGUUCAACUUUAUCUGUUAUAGUUCAAUAUUUCAAAGAAAAAAAUUAAAAUUUCAAAGAGAAAAAACACAAAAACAACAAAGAAGGGAAAAAAGUACUAAACUGCAUUUAAUUAUAAUAUUCUCUUUCUUUUUUUAACCUUUUCAAAAGAGAACUAAAGUCAUCGAAGACACAGUAAAGCAAAGUAAAAACCACAUGCAAAUGUCUGAACUAGAGAACGCAUCUGAGGUUUUGAGGAGAUACACCUGAGGAGAAAGGUCGAGAAUCACACGUUGGCAGAGAAGCAGGCAGAACUGCAGAGGGGGUUCAGAUUCCGAGUACUCAAGUCACACUUUUCUGAAAAUUUCCCCAAAGGCCACUUGGCAAGAAGCCUUCUCAUUCAACUUCUAGUUUGAUGAAUCUCAUUAAUGAUUACCGAGUCAAGCCCCAGGUGGCAAAGCAUCUUCAGCUGCCUGCUGGCAAAGCUGUGGAGGGAAAGAGCGUGAAGGAAGAGCAGGUUCUAAGUCGAAGUCCUUCCUCAGACACUAAGUAAGUCACUUACCUUGGUGUUGCUACGAAAGCUCUCCAAGUGUCCUUUCUGUGUAACAAUUGGCAAUUUUUGUAUACCCCCCAAGUCGCAGGUUUUCUCAUAUUGACUUUUUUAAAAAAGUGAAUGAAGAUGUUAAAGCCUUAUCUCCGUAACAAGGCAGAGAGAAGAGAGGUAGAAGCAGGAAGCUGAAGUAUUGUCCCCGAUGAGCCAUAAGCUUUGAGAAAAUGCCAACUGUGGAAGACAUUUCCAAGAAACAGGCGCUCUAGGGAAAUGUUUAAAGGCUGAGUUUUGGGAGUUCAAUUUUGGGGCUUGUGAGCAAACAUCAACUCUUUCAUUUGCCAACGGGAUGGGCUAGCUGAAAAGGGUCAGUAAUAGCUCCAUCUGGGGUUGAUGUAAACUGCCUGGGUUAGUAGUUAAUAACAGUAGCUAUCAUAAUUUCUGUUGCAGCAACAGCUGGUGGGAGAAGAGCUGCAGAGUGGUUGUGAAGGAACACUUCAGAUAAGAAAGCCUUGGCAGUCACAGCGUCGUCUCUUACAUGAAGGUUCAUUGCCCCCGCGAAGGUUGUGAGGGGCUUUUCUCCUGGGCAGAUUGACAGCAGCAACAGGACUAGUGCCAGUGUCCUGAGGGACUCCAUCUUUUUGUAAUCAAGUUCGUUGCCUUAGUUUCCCACCCAGAUCAAUUAGGGUCCAGGGCUUUGACACAAGACAGGGCUGGGGGUGACUCUAGUCUAAGACAGCAUCUAGAAAAAUGCUGAGUAGGAACCAGUGAGAUGGUGUGAAAUUUAACCAAACUAAAAUGGCUGGGGAUAGAAGAAGAAAUGUCGAGAUGAGGCAAUGGAACAGUCACCAGGGCCACCAGAAAACAGGGUAGAAGAGCAGGAUGAAUGGGCAGGAGCUGGGAACUGCUUCCGAGAAGUAUUACAAAAGGACAGGGUGAAACUUACAGGGGGUGAAAAACAGUCAUCAGGAGAGAAGAACGCAAUGGCCACCAUGACAGAAUUGAGUCCCACGGCAGGGAAGUACUCCCAAGAUGUACAAGGGGAUGAGAAGCUCAGUCCUGGGAAAGCUCCAAGCUUAUGUUCCACUCGCUAUGGAAUAGCCUUCAUCACACAUCUCUGCAACUUCAUAAUAAUGGCACAAAAUAUUAUGAUGAACAUCACCAUGGUAACCAUGGCCAACAGCACAAACCAUCAGUCCCAGUUUAACACCUCCACUGAGGGGCUGCCUCUUGACUCAUUUGAUGACCCAAAUAAUUCCCCAAAAAGUCUUCCUGCGGGGGCCCCUGUGUAUGAUUGGAGCCCUCAAAUCCAGGGCAUCAUCUUUAGUUCUAUCAACUAUGGCGUGAUCCUGACACCGGCUCCCAGUGGAUACCUGGCUGGAAGAGUAGGAACAAAGCGAAUGGUUGGUGCUGCUCUGCUUGGAUCCUCAUUUCUCGUUAUCUUCACCCCUCUGGCAGCUGACCUUGGACUAGGUCUCCUCAUUGCAACUCGAAUACUUCAGGGCGUGAGCCUGGGGUUAGGAUAUGGGGGUCAUUUUGCACUCUGGGAAAGAUGGAGUCCUCCAAAUGAAUGAAGCCGACUCUGCAGCAUUGCUUUCUCAGGAAUGAUGCUGGGAAGCUGCAUUGCCAUCCUCCUGGGUGGCAUCAUCAGUCAAGCCCUUGGGUGGCCUUUUGUCUUCUAUAUCUUUGGAGGUGUUGGCUGUGUCUCCUGCCUUCUCUGGUUUGUUUUGAUUUAUGAUGACCCUGUCACUCACCCAUGGAUAAACAUCACAGAAAAAGAAUACAUCAUAUCCUACUUGGACCAACAGGUCAGCUCUUCUAAGCAGCCUCUUCCCAUCAAAGCUAUGGUCAGAUCUCUACCCCUCUGGUCCUUGUGUUUUUGCUGUUUCAGCCGUCAAUGGUUAAUUAACAUAAUGGUUGUAUACACACCAACUUACAUCAGCUCUGUGUUCAAUGUUGAUAUCAGAGAUAGUGGCUUCCUGUCUGCCCUUCCUUUUAUUUUUGCCUGGGUCGUUGGCAUCCUGGGAGGUUACCUGGCAGAUUUCCUUCUGACCAAGAAUUUUAGGCUCGUUACAGUGAGGAAAAUUGCCACAGUUCUAGGAAGUCUCCCCUCUUCAGCAUCCCUUGUGGUUCUGCCAUACGUUGCCUCCAGCUAUAUCACAGCAGUGAGCCUUCUGACGCUCUCCUGUGGACUAAGUUUGUUUAGUCAGCCAGGGAUCUAUAUCAAUGCCUUAGAUAUUGCUCCAAGGCAUUCCAGCUUUCUCACGGGAGCCUCGAGGGGGUUUGCACAGAUAUCUGCUAUCCUGGCACCCACUGUCAGUGGAUUUCUUCUCAGUCAGGACCCUGAAUUUGGGUGGAGGAAUGUCUUCUCCUUGUCAUUUGCCAUUAACACAUUAGGACUGAUCCUCUACCUUAUAUUUGGAAAAGCAGAUGUCCAAGACCGGGCUAAAGAGAGGAAACUCACUCGUUUAUGAAGAAAGGGAGUCCAGGAAACCAGCAACAAACGAAAAAGCAACCUACUUAAUGGGAGAGAAUAUUUGAAAAUCAUAUAUUUGAUAAGGGGUUGAAUAUUUCAAUAUAUUGAAAAUACAUAAAGAACUCAUACAACUCAAUAACAAAAAAAAGCCAAUCUGAUUUAAAAAUGGACAGAAGAACUGAGUAGACAUUUUACAAGAGAAGACACACAAACGGUCAACAAGUACGUGAAAAGGUGCUCAACAUCAUUCAUCAUCAGCGAAAUGCAAAUCAAAACCACGAGAUAUCAUUUCAUACCUAUUAGAAUGGCCAUUAUCCAAAAGACAAGAGAUAACAAGUGUUUAGAAGGAUAUGGAGAAAAGGGACUCGUACAAUGUUGAUGAGAAGGUAGAUUGGUGCAGUCACUAUGGAAAACAGUAUGGCGGGUCCUCAAAAAAUUAAAAAUAGAACUACCUCAUGAUCUAGCAAUCCCAGUUCUGAGAAUACAUCUGAAGGAAAUGAAAACAGUAUCUCAAAGAGAUAGCUACACUCCUAUGUUCACUGCAGCAUUAUUCACAAUAGCCAAGAUAUGGAAGCAACCCAUCAAUGGUAAAUGAAUAAAGAAGAUAUAUAUAUACACACACACACACACACACACACACACACAUACAUAUACAUAUAUUUCAGCCAUGAGAAUGAAAGACGUUCUGCACAUGGAUGGACUUUGAAGGCAUUAUGCAAAGUGAAAUAAAUCAGAUAAAGACAAAUACAUAUUACUUAUAUGGGAAAUCUGAGAAAGCCAAACUCAUAGAAACAGAGAUUAGAAUGGGGGUUACUAGGGGGUGGA